GAGAAUGAACUUUGUUAGGUCAGUCAUCCCCCUGCUUUUCGAUAUCCUCCGGUGUCAGAGCCAUAGCGCCUCAUUGCGUCUCGUCACGGCAUCCAAAUUUUCCAUUUCUUCUCAACAACAGGUAGCUGGGUGGGCCGUCGACGCUUCAAGCAGGUGGGAGCAUCAAACUGAGAUUGCAUCAACAAAGAAUUUUUAGAGGAAGUGACAGGAAAUUCUUGCUGCUUGUUGCACACCUUUGCACCAUAGGUCGUUCUCACCAUUUCACCUUAAUAUUUGGGUCACGUUAAAGUUGGGCAGUAGUUGCUAGCAGAGUGAAGGCAGAAGUAUUGUACUUUAAUGGCUGCCUCUGCUAAAAUUGUCACCCUUGACAACCAUACAUGUAAUGGAGAGUGGACCAUUGUUUUACCUCGUCGAGGCAAGCAAAGGAGAAACUUUCCUAAAACUAGAACCUCAGAAGCACAGCAACAGCCAUGGGUUCCAACCGAUCUUGAGUCUGAUCCAAACAGACAAACAAAGUUGAUAGAAAAGAUGCAGAUCUGCAUGAAGAAAGUAGAGAACUCUCAGUUCUAUACUAACCUUUUGGAACAAGUCCGAACUCCUGAAAUCAUGGAUUGUUUUCAUAGGGUUCUUGGCUCAGAGUCGAAAAUGCAGAUGGUGAUAUAUGGUAUAGGAAGCAUUGAAUCAUAUGAAACUCCUCGAAUUCAGCUGAGUAUUGCAAUCUUGAUGAGGAAAGAGUUCAGUUGGAUUGGGGACAUAGAGGUUUUUGAUCCAGUUCUUUCUGCAACAGAAUCUCGAGUUUUGGAAGCUCUUGGUUGUUAUGUUCUAUCAGUGAAUGAGCAUGGUCGCAGACGAGUUACCAAGCCAACACUAUUUUACAUGCCACAUUGCGAAGCAGAAUUAUAUGACAAUCUAUUACAGGCGAACUGGGGGGUGGAGCCGUUGAAUCAGAUUGUACUGUUUGGGAAUAGCUUUGAUGUGUAUCAGUACUUGUCUGAGUUUAGGAACUCAACUCUUGUUGAUUCAUCUAGGCAUAUUGUGGCAGUUCGAGAAUUCACACAUGAGUAUGUAAUCAAGAUAUGUUCAAAUGACUAUUUUGCUGCUUUUCAUGAUUCGAGUUGGCAUUUUUUCAGCCCUGUUCUUGAGACAGAGCUACAGUUAUUUAAGAAAAUGUAACCCAAUUAAAAACAGCAUUUGUUUUGAACAAUUUAUCAAUGUUGCUCAGAUUUUCUAUCUGAUUUGGAAUAAUUUCCUGCUG